ACGAGUGCGAGGAGCGGGAGCAGCCCGGUGCUUUUCAUCAUGCGCGCAACAGUGGAGAAGGGAGGUGUUUGUGAUAUUUAGGAAAUAUUAAAAAAGAAAAAGAAACAAGAAACAAGGCUGGACGGCUGUCUGCGCUCGGGAUGCGCAGCGGCAGCAGCAGCAGCAUCUCCAUGGAUGUGCUGAAACUCCGGAGCGGGAUCUGCGUUUGAAAGAAAGCCGCCUGUGGAUGAAAGUGCCGGGAUCGUUCAUUUAAAGGAGGGGAAGAGCAAAGCUCGGUGGAGGAUUUUCUCCCUUUUUAGGGGUUUGCCCAUCAGCGCUGUGGAGGAGGAGGGGGAGGAGGAGGGGAGCGGAGAGAAGUUUGUGCGCGGCGUCAGUAAAUUUCACACAAACAGAGAAAAAAGAAAAGAAAAGAAAGAAGGCUGAGAGCUGAAAAGUGGGGAAAAGUCUCCCUGCGGCCGAUUCAAUCUUUACGAUUUAGGAUUAUGAAGCGUGCCUGAGGUCCCCGGAGAGGCUUCUUGGACACCGGAGACCGGACCCGGGGGGGCGCAGCGCGUCUCAGACGGACCCCGAGCGGCAGAAGGAGCACCGCAGCGCACCAGCAGCUGGAAACUAUACGCUCCACAAACCUACAAGAACACCUCUCCUCUGCUCCAUCCCUCGCGUUUCUUCUCUCUUGCUUUCUUUCCGUCAGGCCGGCGUGGACUUUACAGCCACGGCACACACAAACACGCAAAAAGAAGAAGAGAGAAACUGAUCAUGCGAUGACUGAGCGCGCUUUGGGCACAUCUACCCGAGUCCAUUACAGGAGGUGAAUGAUGGCCGAGGAUGGGGGAAAUCUCUCCGGGGUUCCCGACGCCGGGGCCUCGGAGGGUCGCUCCUCUCUGCCGAGGACUUUCAUCCGGCUCAACGACCUGUCCGGGCUCGGGACGGGCGGCGGGGAGCACGGCGAGGUGUCGGCGGUGGAGCCGGCGUCCCCGGCACCGGACGGGAUCUCUGCAGCCGGGGAGGAAAUCUCGGCGAGCGGCGGGGAUAGCCUGCCCUACCCCACCCUGGCCCCCGUGGUCUUCUUCUACCUGAAACAAACCACCCGGCCCCGGAGCUGGUGCCUCAAAAUGGUCUGCAACCCAUGGUUCGAGCGAGCGUCCAUGCUGGUGAUCCUGCUGAACUGUGUGACACUGGGCAUGUUUCAUCCCUGUGAAGACAUCAACUGUGACUCAGAGAGGUGCAAGAUCUUACAGGAUUUUGAUGACUUCAUCUUUGCAUUCUUUGCCAUCGAGAUGGUGAUCAAGAUGGUGGCUCUAGGGAUUUUUGGCAAGAAGUGUUACCUUGGAGACACGUGGAACCGUUUGGAUUUCUUCAUAGUGUUGGCUGGGAUGCUGGAGUACUCGCUCAACCUGCAGAACGUCAGCCUUUCAGCAGUGAGGACGGUUCGUGUGCUGAGGCCGCUGAGAGCCAUCAACCGAGUGCCAAGUAUGCGUAUCCUUGUGACCCUGCUGCUGGACACCUUGCCUAUGCUGGGUAAUGUACUGCUGCUGUGCUUCUUCGUCUUCUUUAUAUUUGGCAUAGUGGGCGUCCAGCUGUGGUCUGGCCUGCUCAGAAACCGCUGCUUCGUCGAAGACAACUUCUCCUUCCCUCUGUCUGUGGAGCGGGGAAAGUACUACCACACUGAAAACGACGACGAGAACCCCUUCAUCUGCUCUCAACCCCGAGAGAACGGCAUGAGGGACUGUAGCUCGAUUCCCAAGCUGUAUGAGGAGGGGGGCCUGGAGUGCACCCUGGAUAUUGACUCUUAUAACAGCACUGACAACACCACCUGCGUCAACUGGAACCAGUAUUAUACCAACUGCUCUGCUGGUCUGAUCAACCCUUUUAAGGGAGCCAUCAACUUUGAUAACAUCUGCUAUGCUUGGAUCGCCAUCUUUCAGGUGAUUACCCUGGAAGGCUGGGUGGACAUCAUGUACUUUGUGAUGGAUGCUCACUCCUUCUACAACUUCAUCUACUUCAUCCUGCUCAUCAUUAUUGGCUCGUUCUUCAUGAUCAACCUGUGCCUGGUGGUCAUUGCCACUCAGUUCUCAGAGACCAAGCAGAGGGAGAGCCAGCUGAUGAAGGAACAACGAGUGCGCUUCAUGUCCAACGCCAGCACUCUGGCAUCCCUCUCCGAGCCAGGCUCCUGCUAUGACGAGCUCCUCAAGUACUUGGUUCACAUCAUCCGCAAGGGGGCCAAGCAAGUAGCCCAUAUCUGCAGGCUCUUGGCCCGUCGUGCUGGGCUCCACAUUGCUGCCUCGCCCCCAGCCACAGAUAUCCAACGCAGCCACAGCCAGAGGAGAAGGAGAAAGACCUCUAGGCAGGGGUCUGUGUCAGUUCAUCACAUAAUGCAUCAUCAUCACCAGCACCACCACCACCACUACCAUCUAGGGAAUGGUAGUGUGAGGGGAGGAGGGAGCACCAGAUGUUUGGACAGUAGGGAGAUGGAAGGUGGGGCUCAUAACAACAACGGGGGGACUCUCAUAGCAAACACUGGAAGUGGGCAUCUUGCCGUGGCGCUACCCUCUUCAGUUACAGCAGCAACGUCCGAUAUGAACCUUGCGAUUUUGUCCAGUCCUGCUGCUGAUUCAUCCUCAGUUUGCAGCAUUUUCAACACCAACUCUGGAAUUGCUCCAGGCUUCUUCUCCUUGGCUCCGGCUCCCAAGUCCAGGGCCAUUAAGAGGAACUCUGUGCCCUUUGCUGCUCCAGGGCCUAAGAACUACCCUACCCUUCAAGCUUGGGCUCUGGCCGAGUCUAGAAGAGGGAGCAUUGCAGCUAGCACCCUGACAAACGUCAACCUUAAUAUUCCACCAAUGCCCCAGGACAGAAGGCCAUCGAGUCUGGUGGACCCGCUCAGUCCAACAGCCCAGCUCUCCUGCCAGCUGUCAGCCCGUGACCUCAGCACCACCAGCAGUGCCAUGGACACGGCCGCUUUGACACUAGACCCUGAGAGCUGCCCCUACUGCGCCAAGGCCCUGGCCAACGAAUCGGAGGGCGGGACCGAGGGCAACGAGACACCUGGCGACUCAGACAGCGAUGGGGUAUACGAGUUCACUCAGGACCUCCACCACAGGGACAGAAGAGACAGCCGGCAGCCCAAAAAGAAGCACCGGAGGUUGGGGAAAACGGCCGCCAAGGUUGUUCACUUCUGGAGGCUGGUGUGCGACACUUUCCGGAAGAUCGUGGACAGCAAGUACUUUGGCCGAGGGAUUAUGAUCGCGAUUCUGAUCAAUACUCUGAGCAUGGGAAUCGAGUACCACGAGCAGCCUGAGGAGCUGACCAAUGCUUUGGAGAUCAGCAACAUCGUAUUCACCAGCCUGUUUUCUUUGGAGAUGCUGCUGAAGGUUUUGGUGUACGGGCCCUUUGGCUACAUCAAAAACCCCUACAAUAUCUUUGACGGCAUAAUUGUGGUCAUCAGCGUGUGGGAGAUCGUGGGACAGCAGGGCGGGGGUUUGUCGGUGCUGAGGACUUUCCGGCUGAUGCGCGUCCUCAAACUGGUCCGCUUCAUGCCGGCCUUGCAGAGACAGCUGGUGGUGCUCAUGAAGACCAUGGACAACGUGGCCACUUUCUGCAUGCUCCUCAUGCUCUUCAUCUUCAUCUUCAGUAUCCUGGGGAUGCAUCUUUUUGGUUGUAAGUUUGGGUCAGAGAGAGACGGAGACACUCUACCAGACAGGAAGAACUUUGACUCUCUUCUCUGGGCCAUAGUGACUGUCUUCCAGAUCCUAACACAGGAGGACUGGAACAAGGUGUUAUAUAAUGGCAUGGCCUCCACCUCUCCCGUAGCUGCGCUCUACUUCAUCGCGCUCAUGACCUUUGGCAACUACGUCCUCUUCAACUUGCUUGUUGCCAUCUUGGUUGAAGGGUUUCAGGCAGAGGGUGAUGCUUCUAAAUCAUGCUCAGAGAUUGAUUCCUUUGCACGAAGCAUGGAGGACGUCAACGGCAGCAAGAAGGAUUUAUCGGCCUCUGCAGUAGUGCCUGUAAAUGGUCAUGUGGACCUGAAGUCAAACCUGACUCCACCGCUAAUUACCCACACUGCUGCCACCCCCAUGCCCGUACCAAAGUUGCCCGUGGGAGGUGAAUCCAACCCGGGCUAUGAGUCUCGUCGAGGCAGCAGCAGUUCUGUUGACCCAGCCUGCUAUGACAAAUCACCGACCAGUGUCCGGAGCUCUUCCCCUUAUGCCCCAUGGAGCUCCGGCAGUGGCCGGACAAGCCGCAGAUCCAGUUGGAACAGCCUGGGUCGUGCUCCGUCAUACAAACGCCAAAAGAGGCAGUCCGGGGAGCGACGGUCGCUUCUGUCGGGGGAGGGUGGCUCAAGUUCAGAAGACGGGGAGGGUGGAGGAGAAGGAGGUGGUGGACUGAUGGAGGAAGACGAUGCAUCCCUGGCCAGGACGGACUCCAUGUCCCAAUCGCAGAGAGGGCCCAGGCACAGGAGGAUGGAGUCAGUGGAGACUCGGAGCUCAAUGGAUUUGCCACCUGAUGCUUUACUCCAGGUGCCCUACCGGUACCGCUCAGCAAGCAUGCACAGCUCCAGACCCCCCUCCCUGAGCCACUUGCGGCCCCCAGAGCACAGUGACUGCAACGGAAAGGGAUCUCCAUCAGUCCUCGGUCCCACACACGUCUCGCUGGAAGAGAACACCGAAGACGAGAAUGCAGAGGAGGAGGUGAACCUGGGUCGUUUUGCCAGGUUGCUCCGCUGGCUGGAGAAAAAACAGCCAGCGUGGUGUAAGCAGAGAGAUACCUGGUCGCUCUACCUCUUCCCUUCAGAGUCAAGAUUCAGGAUCCUGUGCAAUAAGAUCAUCACCCACAAGAUGUUUGACCACAUUGUGCUGGUCAUCAUCUUCCUCAACUGCAUCACCAUCGCCAUGGAGAGGCCUCGAAUCGACUCCAAAAGUGCUGAGCGGGUUUUCCUGACAGUGUCCAACUACAUCUUCACAUCAAUCUUUGUGGCUGAAAUGACUGUAAAGAUCGUGUCUAUGGGCUUUUUUUUCGGGGACAAGGCGUACCUGAGGAGCAGCUGGAACGUUCUGGACGGGAUGCUCGUCAUGAUUUCUGUUAUUGACAUCCUGGUGUCUCUCAUUUCCCAAUCUGAAACCAAGAUCCUGGGCAUGCUCAGAGUGCUGAGGCUGCUGAGAACUCUGAGACCGCUACGCGUGAUCAGCAGAGCCCCGGGCCUGAAGCUGGUGGUAGAGACCCUGAUGUCGUCCCUGAAGCCCAUCGGCAACAUCGUGGUCAUCUGCUGUGCCUUCUUUAUUAUCUUUGGCAUCCUGGGAGUACAGCUUUUCAAAGGAAAAUUCUUCAUUUGUCAAGGAGAGGAUGUAAGGAACAUCACCAAUAAGUCAGACUGCUUGCAAGCCAACUAUAAGUGGGUCAGACACAAGUACAACUUUGACAACCUGGGACAAGCCUUGAUGUCUCUCUUUGUGCUGGCGUCAAAAGAUGGAUGGGUCGACAUUAUGUACGAUGGGCUAGAUGCUGUGGGAGUUGACCAACAGCCCAUAAUGAACUACAACCCAUGGAUGCUGCUCUACUUCAUCUCCUUCCUCCUGAUCGUUGCCUUCUUCGUGCUCAACAUGUUUGUGGGCGUGGUGGUGGAGAACUUCCAUAAAUGCCGGCGCCACCAGGAGGCCGAGGAGGCCAAACGCAGGGAGGAGAAGAGACUGAAACGCAUGGAGAAAAAGAGACGGAAAGCUCAGAGUAAGCCCUACUACUCGGAUUACUCCCCCACCCGCCUUCUCAUCCACAAGAUGUGCACCAGCCACUACCUGGACUUGUUCAUCACCAUCGUAAUAGGCCUCAACGUCAUCACCAUGUCAAUGGAGCACUAUCAGCAGCCUAAGGAGCUGGACGAGGCACUGAAGAUCUGUAACUACAUCUUCACUCUCAUUUUUGUGCUGGAGUCGGUCUUCAAGCUGGUUGCCUUCGGCUUCCGACGCUUCUUCAAAGACAAGUGGAACCAGCUGGAUCUGGCCAUCGUGCUGCUGUCCAUCAUGGGCAUCACUUUGGAGGAGAUUGAGGUCAACGCUUCCCUGCCCAUCAACCCCACCAUCAUUCGCAUCAUGAGAGUGCUGAGGAUUGCUCGAGUAUUGAAGCUCUUGAAGAUGGCGGUGGGGAUGAGAGCUCUGCUGGACACCGUUAUGCAAGCCCUGCCUCAGGUGGGCAAUCUGGGUCUACUCUUCAUGCUCCUCUUCUUUAUCUUUGCAGCGCUGGGAGUGGAGCUGUUUGGUGACUUAAUUUGUGAUGAACUCCACCCCUGUGAGGGUCUGGGGCGCUACGCUACAUUUAAAAACUUUGGGAUGGCCUUUCUGCUGCUCUUCAGAGUUUCCACUGGAGACAACUGGAAUGGCAUAAUGAAGGAUACAUUGAGGGACUGCGCCCAAGAUACAGGCACCUGCUACAACACUGUGGUUUCUCCCAUCUACUUCGUCUCCUUUGUCCUGACCGCUCAGUUUGUCCUGGUCAAUGUGGUCAUCGCAGUCCUGAUGAAGCACCUGGAGGAGAGCAACAAGGAAGCCAAGGAGGAGGCGGAGCUGGAGGCGGAGAUGAUGGAACUGGAGAUGGAAGCGGGGGACAUAGCAGCAAGGUCGCCCCAGCUCAACCCUCUGACACUGGGUAUGGACAGGUCGAGUUCUGGGGGUUCCCCCUGGAGGUCUCCCAGAGGAGUGGAUACAGAGCAGGAAAGGGAUGGUCCUAUGGACUCACCCACUGCUAAUAUAACCAGAGACUCUGUAGGCAUCAGAGCAGAAUCCCCUUCAUGCACAGAGCCCCAACUGGAGGCGGAGCAGCUCGGUCCUGGGGUGCUUCGGGACGACAACCUGUUGAGCGUCAGAAAGCCUGCGGUGGGACGCACGCACUCCCUACCCAACGACAGCUACAUGUUCCUCUCACCACAGCCCGUGGGGCAAACAUCUCCCACUGCAGCACACCCACAGGGGCCCCAGCACAUACUGGGCACUCACAGGGCCCAAUCGGGCUCCAGUGGCUCGGUGCGUUCACAACCCGCAGAGUUUUCCCAGCAGCUGACUGUUCCCACAGACCUCUUCAGACCCAUCAGCCCACACAGCCACUCAGAUUCAGAGAGUAUACCACGAAACCCACCAUCUAGACGCACACACACAUUUAGCCGCACGCUACGCAGACAGGUUGCGGUGUCUACUGAUUCUCAGGAGGCCCUUUGUACCGACGUAGGGGAAAGCAGUGAAGGACUCGUGAAUGUGGCCUCUCUUGGCCUCCCUCCAUCCCCUACCCCCUCCAUCUCCUCUACCUCUCCCUCUUCCUACCAUCAUCAUCAUCACCCUACUCCUCAACAACCAGCUCUGUGCCUGGUCCCUGCCACGCCGGGCGCCUCCCCUAAACCAUCACGUCCCAGCACAGUGCACACCCAGCACCACGACCAGCAUUGCCUCGCCUCCUACUCCCCCUGCCCUUCGCCUCCCCCUCCCAUUCCCGCCAGGCCGCCCCAGCAGGAGGUGUCAGAGGAUCGGGAAGUGUCCCUCAUUAACCAGGUGGUGUUGGCCGGCAGCGACGACAUCACGGCCGAGGACAGCAGCAGCGGCGGCGGGAACGAGGGUUACGGCAGCUACGCGGGCUGCCAGGAAAGUCGGAGUCCAUGUUUGAGGCAGCUGAAGAGGUUCCACAGCGCUGACACGCAGGGCCGCAACGCCCUCCUGCCCCGCCCCCGCCCUUAUUCCUGGCUGGACGACCCACGGCGCCACUCUGUGGAAGUCUGCUCCCCAGUUGAUUCCAGCCCCCAGUGCAGCACCAACUCCACCUCCUCCGGCUUUGUGUCUCGGGCCGACAGCCUGCAGAUUCAAAGCCAGAUCCCCGCUCAGACCUCCCCCCGCCGCAAGAAGAAAAUGAGCCCACCCUGUAUAUCUGUGGACCCCCCUGAGGGACUGGAACCCCAGUCUGGCCUCUACCCAUGCCUGGGUGGGCUCAGUGGCAUGGGACUGACUGGGUUAGGGAUGCCCCCUCCCCUACCCAACCGGGACACCUACCUGAGGAGGAGAGCACCCUCCAGUGACUCCAAGGACUCCUUUGACCUGGCGGUCGGAGAGGGUUCAGGACAGGACGGAGGUUCACCGAACCCCAACACCAACUCCAAGUUAUUAACUCUUCCCAGCUUCUCCUUUGAGAAGACAAGCUCUGAGCACUGAACACCAAUACUCGAAUACACACACACACGCACACACACACACACACAGCCGGACGAACCCUCCACACACAUAAACACACGAUGCACUCUGUGUGUCUGUGAUGGUGAUAGUUCUAGUAAUAAUGCUGUAGAAAGUAAUAAUGGUAAAACUACAUCAAACAGUAAAAACAUCCUUGGUUUCAUAAGGAGUGCAGUACUGUAGUAGUGUGACCAUCCCUCGUCUUUGUAUUGUUACUGCCAAAACAGCCAGAGAAGAAGAGAACGACAAAUAUUUCUCUGGCUGCAGCUUGACCCCAUAACCUCUGGAGUGACAUCAGCGCCUGGGUUAUUAGCGCCCACUGCGGUCGCCAUAUGAACUGCCUGGUGUUAAUACAGAGCGGACCUGGUCAGUGGAGGUACAAAGCAAUAUUUAGAGACACUAUUUUCUUAAAUUAUUGGCCCAUAGUGUUUGUACAGGAUGUUGUUUUUAAUUUCAUUUAACUGUUAUUUUCAUGUCUUUUUGUGAUUUUCUUUCUUUUUUUUUUUUUUUUGGGGUUUUUUUUGGUCAACAAUGGUUUGUCUUUGUCUUUCUUUUUCACUGUAGGAUAUUUCUAGCUUUCUUGGUUUACUAAGGAAAGUGAACGUUUUUCAAAGUGGUGAAAACCAGUAUUUGUAGGAAUAAUAUAUAAAUAUAUAUAUAAAAAAAAACAAAAAACAAGUCAUUAAACUGAGCUUGGAUUUUUAAGCACA